AUGGCCCAAGCAGACGCGAACAACCUGCACGACUACCACAGGAGAACCAUCACGGAAGCUAACGCGGAUGUGCUAAACCAAUGGAGCGACAAAAGGACGAGUUCGCGCGCGUCCGUUAAGGACAUACGCAAAGCGUAUUCGUGCCCACUGAAAUUUAAAAAAAAUGGCGCAAAGGGGGAAGAGGCAAGCGCAGUGGAAGGAACGACUACUGAAUUUGCAGCUCCAUUGUGCGAAGAGGAAAACAACACACAACGGAGAAGGCGCAGCACUCACAUGGUUGAGGAGACGUCCGAACUGUUGUGCGAUGACCACGUGGGAGAGCAAACGCCUCAACCAGCAUGUGAUGUUCAAAUGGGAGAGCCCUACGGAGUGAGCACCUCGCGGAGAGAACGACGAAGCACGCAAGGGGGAGACGCAAAGAAAGGGGUUACUACGAAACUUACAGACAGCCACAUACUUAACAAGCUCACGAGGACGCUGAUCCAGGGAAUUCAGGAGAAGGUGAAGGAGGAGCGCAAAGAGGCGGACAGGCAAGAUAAGAGUAAGCGCAGCGGUGAAGAAAAAGCUAAAUGUAGAGGGCGCUCAAGCUCGGCGAUGCGUGAACAGAAUUUGUGGAGUGAGAAGGACGAACUGAGUGGAGCAUCUCACAAACGGGAACUCUCCAAUGGUGCGAAAUGGACUGCGGUGAACAGUGGUAACCAGGGUAUUGUGUUCCGGCGAAAGGGGCGAGCCUCCCACGUUGGCAGUGGUCCAAUGGAGGGCGGCGCGCAGAGUGUUAAUGCCGCAACCACCGCUCCGCAUGUCACUCAGCAUGUCACGCAGCAUGUCACCCCGCAGACAGAACAAACCUUGUACGUGUACGAGACGGAGGGGCAAAUCCCUGGCUCCUGCGAAGGGAAGGACUUUGUGGGACUCGCGCAACAGGAAGGAAAUAGACGCAGCGUGAGUAACAAGAGCGUUUGCUUUGUGGACGAGGGAAGGCAGAACAGUGGUGGUGGCGGUUAUGUUGACUCGACGCAAGCGCAACGAGUGUACCUUCAGGAAAGUUUCAACGGCGGAAUGAAUCCUUACCUUGCGCAGGAGUCGCUCAUUGUGGAUAGGAACGGGUACGUGGUUGGAGGAGGCAUUGAUGGCAUGGCGGGUGUGCUACAACGACCCGAUGAGGUAGGCUUCCACUUGGCUAACGCGGGGGGCGUAUUCGGUGGGGCUAACUUGGUAGGCUCCGCGAGCAUGGCGCCUUAUGGGGGUCAGCCCACUUACGCAAACCACGUGCAGCAUAGCGGUCCGCCCAAUUACGGUACUCAUAAGCACUACGCAAACUACGACAUGAAGCAAUCCCCGGCUGGCACAUCUAUACGUGUCAGCACCGGUGGUCCAGCCAAACCAUCGCUUCACCCCAAGAAGCAGUCUUGCGACGUCGCCCCCUCAGCAACCUCCGCCAAAAAAAACUUCUUCUGCAACAGCUCAGUAAAGAAUAAGCAACUCCAGGGUAAGAAACAGUGGGAGGGACACAAGACAGAAAUAUUAAUUUACCCUAACGGGUCGAUGAAGGGGAGUGUUAAUCAGAUGAAUGGAUGUAUGAAGCCUUCAUUGGACAGACGAGGAAGUCCCUUUCUCCUCUCCUCACCGAGCAAAUCAACAACUCUACCCCUCAGCAGCAACGUCUUCAUUCGAACUAAAUCACUGCAACGUCAAUCAGAUGGUGGAAGGAACAGCAAAGGGUCUGUGUCCCCCUUAAAUAAGUUUUCCUUAGGUAGGCAGAAAUCAGUUCCAGUGAGAACCCAUUCAAGGCAUUCUACCUCCACCCCUAUGUGCACACAAGAAAUAACUUAUAGUUACCCAUCACAGGGUGGUUGCAUCCCUGGGGUGGUAGGAGACCAGCGAGUUAUAAAAGCCUUUGCUUCUACCCUGCCACAUGGAAAUCACCAGAGUGGAGUGUUCAUAAGGCAACACAGCAAUGCUGGCGAUGCAUACAACAAGGAGUUCAAUGACGAUGCGAGGAGUUACGUAAAUAAGUGUUCUACUGAUGUGUCGAGCAAUGUGAUGGGUGUUGAAUCUCCUAUGAGUGAUCAGAUUAACUCUUUGAAUGGCAAGAUAGGAAGGUUGACCAGCAGGAUUCGAACGAUCAACGCGGAGAAAUGGAAUUUGAGCGAGUUGGCCCGGCUCUACAAGAACGAGUGCAACCGCCUGCGAGAAGUCAUCGCCAAGAACAAGCAGGCGCACUACGACCCGGUGAACUUCCGGAAGAUAAAUUAUGAACAAGUGAACGCACAGCUGGAAGAAGAAAAUGAAAAGCUUCGAACUCAAAUGAAGACUCUCGGCAAGGCAAUCCUGUCCAGCUACGACAUAAAUGGAAUUAAGAAGAUACUCGCGAGGCAAAUAGUAAAUCUGAAUGAAGAGAAUGAAAAGUACAGGCAGGAGAUAAAAUUGCUCAAAAAUAAAAAAGACCUUAAUCGGGAGAUUUUGUUUAAUCUGAGCAGAGGGGAUGUCUCCACAGAUGCCAUCGACAGUGUGUUCAUGCAGACGAAGAACAUUGUAAUAGAGGGUCACCAAACGAUAAACGUGUUUUACCUGAAUUUGAAGAAUCUGAUCGACGAGCUUUUUAAUCGCAUAAAGUUCCUUCUCAUGGAGGAUGAAUACACCCCAAAGGAAAAGCUGCUCUACGUGACCAGCUUGGAGGAGCUAGUCAACGAGAAUUUCGAGGAGAUAAACCACAUCGUGGUUAAGAUAAACGAGCUGCGAAAAAAAAUGAAGGACGUGAAGGCGCACAUAUUUGACGCAGACAGGAGCAACCCCAACUGCUCGUGCAAGCCAUCGAGGAUCAUCCUCGAGGACGACAUCAACCAUCUGGAGGAGGAACUGCACAAGCACUCGAUUAUGCUAAAAAAUUUGCGAAAAAAAAAUCUGGCCCUAUGUUUGAACAGCCUGCACUACCAAUUUGAUCACGACGCGAAAGGUGAUGCCCCCUCCGGAGGUGCAAUUAAGGAUCACCACAAAACGGACAUUGUAGAUAAGCACAGGAACAGCAACAAGGAGAAGGGAAAGGCGAGUGAAGCCGUCAGGGAUAAACCUCCCACUAACCUAGACAAGAAGGAAGAUGACUUGGAAGAGGACCCCGGCGAGUCCUACCACAACAGGCUUCACGAAAAGAUCCGAGUCAUCGAGCAUCAGCUGCACACCCUGAACGACCACAUAAACUCUAGCUUCUGCGAUGGAGAUAAGGAACAUCAACGUGAAGACGCCACUCCCCUUGGAAGUGAUUUAUGUAGAAACAAAAAGGGGGAUGCUCAACCGGGAUAUGCCAAACUUGAUGGUCUUACAAAGGAAUGCACAACAAAGAGGAAACAAAAAAUAAGUGACGAAAGGAAUUCAAAAGGAGAAGCAUCUUACAUUUCCUCUUCAUCACCCCGUUCAUCUGCAUCCGAUGAAAGUGCAAGUGCGCCCUCAGAAAAUAAAAACUGGUUAAGUGAGGAAGAAGUGGAACGCAGCAAGAGCAGGAUGAUCAAACUGCUAGCACUGCUCAAGGGAAAACACAAUGCAGACUUGGUAGAAAACACCAAGAGUUACGUCAGCUCCUUCGGGGAAUAUAAAUCAAACAACAAGUACAACUUGCAGAAAAUAUACGACAACUUGAAGGCCAUACGGAACACAAUAAAGAACACGGAGGAUGAUACGGAGAGGAAUAUCCUGGCCCUGAUCGAAUCCCAGGCGAAUGAAAUAAAAAUAUUUGGAAAUGUAGGGCAUGAAAAAGGAGACCCAAAGGAGGGGCACAAAAAUACUUGCCCAACGUGUGAAGGGACAAACAUGUGCCACAAUGCUUAA